AUGGCCUCUCGCAUCACCGGUACCAAGUUGACGGCCAUUGAGGACGCCUCUCCUCUGGCGUUCGUUUUCAACGGAAACGAAAUGAUUGUGCAGUGCACCGCCAAUACCGAUGAUGAAGCUGGUGCCAUUAGCAUCUUGAGCAUUGCGCUCGAGAACUUCAAGAAAUUCAACGAUGGCAAACACGCUGUCAUUGUCCGCCCCAAGGAUUCCACUCAGUACUGGAUCACCAGCGCCCCCUAUGCUGAGACUCUGGACAAAAAUGCCUAUCAGGUCAUCAAGUCCACCGAAAUCCGCAUCUCUGUGCCCGAUCUUGUCCCCGAGGUGCCGACCGGGCCCCAGGGCGUGAAGCAUCAGAAGAUUUCCAAGCUGCGCAUCCGUCGGCCUCGCAAUCAGUUCAUUAUCUACCGUCAGUGGAUGUCCGCCAAGAUCCACGCUUCCAACCCUGGCGUGACGGCUGCCUGCAUCUCACAGAUUGUUGCGCGGACCUGGCAGUCCGAGGAGCCCCAUGUCAAAGCCCGCUUCAAGGCCCUGGCCGACGAGGAGGAUCGCAUUCACAAGGAGAUGUACCCGGGCUACCGUUAUGUGGCUGGUCGCCGCAAUCCCCAGCUUCCCUUGUCCAAGCGCAACUUGACUCGCGACCCGAUGACAGUCGCUGAGAGAUUGAUUGCCGCCGGGCUUUGA